GUGACUUGUGCCAGUCGUUGUGUCAAUGGAGUGUGUACAGGUGAUCGACGUCAACUCCUUGUCGGUGGACCGGGUCUGCCGGGUCUACUACCAGCUGCUACAGCUCUUCUCGAUCCAGCAGUCUGCUUCUGCAAUGACGGUUGGCGAGGUGUCAAUUGUGAUGUGCCCACAUGCAAUGCAAAGUGUCUUCUCAAUGGUCAGUGUGUCAAUGACACGUGUGUGUGUAAUCAAGGCUGGACUGGUGUCAAUUGCAAUCUCAAUGAGUGUCCCCUGGGUUGUAGCGAUCAAGGUCAUUGCAAUCAAAGUGAUGAUGGUCACUACUUCUGUCAAUGCUUCACCAAUCGAAAGGGCUCAGCUUGUCAAGUCUCGCAUGAAAUUGUAUGCAAUGAUGGAAAAGAUGACGAUCAAGACGGUCUCAUUGACUGUUUGGAUCCCGAUUGCUGUAGCACUGAGCAUUGUGAAAAGUUGAUUCGACUACAAGGCAAUCAAGAUCAAGUGGUGGAGGAUGCUAGACAAAGUUGUGCACACAGUACUGAAAUUAGUGCUCUCAUUUUAAGCACUAAAUUACCCACACCAGGCAGCUCAUUCUACGAUCAGUUGGAAUUUCUCCUCCUUCGAGAUCUCACUACUGAUAAAGUGGAUCCACGUCGGGUUGCUGUGGUUCGUGGAGUUGUUCGUCAAUGGGACAGCACACCGUUUUGGGGUUGUCGAGUGUUUGAUCGUCUCAAUCCCGUCAUUGGUUCCGCAUUGACCGACAAAAAUGGGCGCUUUGAAUUGGUUGUGGAUGGAGGAUUUCUUGUUCAAUUGGAGUUCAUUCGUCAUCCAACCAGUCGAUUUACUGCUCAAUUGGAUGUCUACGUUCCUGUGAAUCAAAUUGUCAAUAUUGGCGACUUCUACCUCCAUGAUAGAUCAAAUUCCAUUCUUUCACCGGCGUCGUCUUCGUCUCCUCCCAACAAUCAUGCUUAUCAUGAGGGUGCAGUGAGAGGUGUUGGAGGAAGACUUCCAGCCUCGCCUAUUUUCGGUGAUCUUUGGAUAGCCGGUCUCCUGCCCUCCACCACUUCGGACACCACUGCCGACUUCUGUCCUCCUGAUGUCCACGAUAUCAGUCGUCUUGGUGGACCAACUAUUGAACCAAAGUGGCAUGACAAUGAAGUUGACGCUAAUGAUGAUGAGCUUGUCUGUUUCGAUUCUCACGGAGCUGUCUGUAUCAGUCGUGGAGGCAUUCUUGUUCACAGAUACGCCUUAAAACCUUCAAGACUUCAUUUGGUGCAUAGUUCGGGUAAGACAGUAAAAUCGGCCUCAUUUUUGGUGGUGAGGAUGCUUGCAACCGAUAGAUCACCUCCAGACAACCUUAAUGAGGUGCACCUCUCCAUUGACGUCGCUGGUUUACUGCAAGCUUGGCGAUUUGAACCGAUUCAAGGCUUGGAAUUCACUUUUGUCUGGAAUCGUACCGAUGGCUACAACAGAUCAGUCUACGGUCGAGUUCUUGCUAGAGUAUCAGUGGGAUUUCUCUAUGCACAGUGUUCUACCGUGUUUUGGGAGCAUCGAAUAGUCUACAUUGACGGCAAUGACAUCACGCCCACCGAUUUAGCCGGUUGGAAUCUGGACGCACGUCACACUUUUGCUCCAAAUCAAGGUGUUGUCUAUAUGGGUGACGGUAGACGCGCCUCAGUUCGAGAAGACAAUCUUGUAGUGGAGUUGAUUCUUGGCAAACCAAACGCUCGUCGUCUCUCCAAUCGGUGCGAAGUGUGCCUCGGUCGUGCACGUGGAAAUCCCAUUUUUCGAGUUGUUGGUCUUGCAACUGAUGAGACUGGACGAUUGUUGGUAGGUGAUGGUCACUUCCUACGUUACCUUCAAGUGGAAAGUCAUCGUCAGACCAUCGACACCUUGAGUCCCUAUGUCGAUACACCAGUUUCCAUAACUGGCGGUGGCUCGCAGGUCUCCUCCUCGUCUUCCGAUUGGCUCGUAUCCAACUUGCAAUCAAUGAGCUUCUUGAAUGGCGGAAUAGGAGAAGAGGAUUGGCCAGAGUACUUUAUUGCGCGCCAUCCAAUCAGCAGUGAGGAAUUGGAGGCCCUUUCCAGAGGUGGAAUUGGUGGCGGUCGCGCCGGUAUCUUCAUUUCUGACACCCGAAAUCGAACAAUCUGGUGGACCAGUCUGGCUAGACCGGAUUUCAGUCAUAUGGUCAUUAGCGAGCAGUGUCCACCCAACGACACCAUGUCUGAUUGCCUUCGAAAGCCUCUGAUGAAUCCAAAGGGUCUUGUUGUCACGUACAAUGAGGACCUCUUCUUCAUUGAUGACAAACAACUAUGGCGUUAUCAAUUAAGAAGUCUACCAGGUCAAAGUUCAACUCGUAUGGAGCUUGUUAUUGGUCAGUUGGAUGAAGGUGUUGUGCCCAUGUCCUGUGAGAAGUCACUGCCAACUAAUAAGGUCCAGCUCCACAAUCCAUCCUUUGUGGCCUACAAUCCUGUUGAAGACAGCAUCUACUACGUCGAUGAUAAACGCGUCUUUCGUCUACAUUUGGCAAGUCGAAUGGUCUCACUAGCUGCUGGUAGGCUUCCAGGUUGCAAACCUCACCCACCUUCCAUCUCAAUGCCAACAUCUACCUCGUCCUCAUCGUCAAAUGAAGGCUUUGGAGUUGUCAAUGCACCCUUUGCUGUGGAUGUCGAGUUCUCCGACAUUCGGGGAAUUGCAUUCUCCUCUCUUGGUGAAUUGUACAUUGCUGAAUCAGAAGUUAUUUGGAUUCGUCGUUCUGACGGUCGUCUGCAUCUUUUUGCUGGAAGCAAGUCAACUUCAGUGUGGGAUGCUCCUCAGAUUACCAAUUUACACCUUCUUCAUCCCUUAAGGAAAUCACAAUCCUACAGUCAAUCUGCUCUUCUGACAGAACAUCCUGCUUUGGAAUUCCACUUUGGAAACAUCACUUCAAUCACUGUAGGCAUUUUUGAUGAGGUGUUUGUCUCGGAUGUUGGACACAAUGUGGUAUUUGCUAUUCAUUCUAAACCUCCACGAUUGAGAGCUAACGGAAAGUAUGUUAUUCGACGAAUGGCCAUGGAGACACAAGUCUUUGAAAAGCAAGGCCAAUUAGAAGGUGUGGUGGACACCUUAACACAACAUCAAGUCUCCUCCUUCACAUUCACAGCAAGUGGAUGGCUUUCAACAGUGCGUAUGGGAGCAUCAGAGCUACACCUCAAGAGAAGUCCUCUUGGAUUUCCACAGCAAGUGGUUUUGAACACCGGUGAGACGUAUAACAUCACCAUUGGAGCAAUGAACGGUGGUGUGGUGUCAAUUGUGAACCCCUUUGGGGGUCUAAAUCGCUACGAGUAUUCAGAUGGAGGUCAAUUGACAAAAAUUUGGACAGUUUCUAGCGCUCUACCCUACGUAGUCACGUAUUCUUCCACAAAUAGCCUUCUGGAGUCGAUAGUUCUUCCGUCAGGAUGGUUGUAUCCUCUGCAAAAGACAAAAGGCUGGAAACGGGGCAUCGAUAUUUUUAAAGACACCAGACGAAGAAAAGUUUCAAUGAUUUCCUCACAAAACACCGAAGUUAUCAAGUUGACGUAUUCAAAUGGAGCUGAAGAAGUUGUCUUUGAACGACUCGAACCACCGUCCAACUCUCUUGACAGCACAGAAAAUCACGCCUCCUGGCAGAUUGGUAGACGUAUUCGAAUGUACGUUCAACCUCAGUCAUUGGAGAAUCUUCUCUCCCUACCACCACCACCACCACCACCACCAGCGCCAUCACCACCAUCGCCAGCUUCUCUUCUAAGUAUGGGCAACACUUCAACUCAGGUGCUUCGAACUAUCGAGAAUUUAGUGAUGUCAAGUUUCGAUGUCUUUGGAGUGAGUAGUCAGGAUGGUGAAAGUGGUGGACGUUUUACACGUAAACGCAGAUCUUCAUGGUUUUCUGGUCACUCUUCUUCUUCUUCUUCCUCCUCCUCCUCCUCCCUCUUCCUUGGUCGAGGUCAAAGAGACAUCACCACUGACAGUACAAUUCAAAAGACUCGAAAAACACUCUCAAUCAAUGGUCAACCAGUUCUAUCGGUUACAUUGGAUCGGGAAUCACGAAUUGAGACCUUCAGAAGUCCAGCCUCAGAUCGACUGCUUCUUCAAAUCACCUACAAUGCCAAUAUGCAACCCACAACAUUCGCUACACAACCACUUGACUCACUUCCUCACUCGGGUUUUGUUGAUAUGUCAGACGGAUUUACGGCCAACACCUCUGAAAAGAACAGCCAAGAGCCGCUCUUAGCCCCUCUCCGUAUCAUCUACACACGACAGAAGGCCAGUGUUGAGGAGGAGGAGGAGGAGAAGAAGGCACAAAAGGAGGAAGAAGGUGGUGGUGGUGGUGGUGGUGGUGGUGGAGGAGGAGGAGAAGGAGAAGGCGAGGAAGGAAGGAAGGAAGGAAGGCAGGAAGUUGAUUUGCUUGCAGCUCGAGGAGUGAAUGGACAGGCGUGCACUGGAGGCCGACUGAGUGAUUGGCAUGCGCUGACCUCAACAGGCUCUCAGAUUGUGCGCACAGAUUACCUCACAUGCCCACCACAUUGUAAUCAGUGCACACACGGACGUGCGCUUACAAGAGACACUCCAAAACCCAACGCCGACCACGAGGGUAAAGCAGGCGAAAAGAAGAUGAUGAAGGGGAAGAAGAAAACGGCAAGGAGGAGGAAAGAGAAGAUGAAGAAGGUCGAGAGAGAGGAAGAGCGGUAA